AUGGAAUAUCGCGGUCACUACGCGAAACCGCCACCGCGAGGGGUGGCGAUUCGCGUCGUCGAUCCGUCGUCGAUUCGAUCGAUCCCAGCAACGUCCUUAAUGGGUCAUCCACCUCACGUUACAUUACUACUGUACAUAGUUUUAUUUACGCUAAAAUCGUUCGCAGAUCUACAAGCUACUCAAUACACGCCAUGUUAUGGAAAAUCAGCCAUUGGAGGAGUAUGCGACGUUAACGCUGACUGCGAGCACAAGGGUUCAAUUUGUCUUCGAAAUCGUUGUCGUUGCCAUCCACAUUACAUAGAGGCGAACGAUGAAAAGGGAAGAAAUACAAGAUGUGUUCCUCUUCCUGCCAAAGUAGGAGCUUCUUGCACUAACAAAUGUCGUGAACCAUUGUUUUGUCGAAAUGGGGAAUGUCAAUGCGUGCAGCGAGGAACAACAAGGAUAAGCAAUGGGGAAUGUAUAUUUUUCGCGUUUUCCGGCUCUCGUGUUGGUGAUCGUUGUUCACGACAUUACGAUUGUACAUCACCAUUCUCUGCAUGUGUGAAUUCGCAAUGUGUCUGCAUUUCUGGUACCAUUCAGCAGGGAUCACGUUGUGUGGCAGCAGCUAACUGUCCACUAGGCGGUCUUCCUGGACAACGUUGUGUCAUUAAAACAGAAUCAGCGCUGGCUUUCAACCUACCAUCCGAUCAGGACGAUUGUCCCCCAGGGCAGUAUUGUGUUGCAGCGGCAGACUCACCAGUUGGCCAUUGUUGUCCAGUUGUUUGUCCGUUGGCCAGCCACGUUGACACAAAGUACUCGUGUGAUCCAAAUGCUACACAACCUCUCAGAUGUCCAAGCGAUACACAUUUCUGUCAUUAUUUGUCUGAUGGGCUUGUCUCUCAAGCGGUCUGUUGUCGUCGACCAUGUAAUGCGCUGGCUCCUAACGCACUUUAUGCCAACAACCAGUGCAUUCCACGUGGCCAACUGAAUUCAGCGUGUACUACAAACGCACAGUGUGGAGGAGGUGAAGGAAUGGAAUGCGUCAAGGGGCAGUGCCAGUGCUUGUCCGGAUUCCACCCAUCCGUCGACACACUUACUCAUCCUGCCAAGAAUCCAUCACAGACAUGUUCACGAGAUUGUGAAACCGAGGCUCUUAGCAAGGAUACUAGUUGUAUGAAGCCUGGAGGAUUAGGCAGCUUGUGCUUCGUACAAAGACAAUGUCCACAAAAUUCCGGCUGCUACCGGGGUCGUUGCAUGUGUCGGUGCGGAUUUGAACAGAAAGGAGACAAAUGUGUGGCGCUACCACCUCCACCCACUACAACACCACAACCUAAUAUAGCAAUAAUUCCUGGUGUGGCCGUACCAAGAAGCAACGAUUUAUUCAAAUUGUUUGGACAGAUUUUCGGUGGUGGAGGAGCAAACAACGCUAUCGGAUCGUUCAUCAACGGAUAG